UAUAAAAGGACUGAAAUAAAUCAAGGCAUUAAACAGAAAAAAAUCACUGAUCUUGAUAAAAGUGGUGAAAAAUAAGGCUUUACAGCUAAACCAGAGACUGUUUGCAAUAACUUAAAAAAUUUCAGCUCAGCAGGAACAGGAACUGAUGGGUCAAGACUGAAGAAGGAAACUAAGAACCAUGAGAGUAGUGAUAUUUUACCACAUCCAAAAAAGGAGCUGUUUCAGUUAGAGAAGAGCUUUGAUAACAGAAACAGGAAACAUCAGAGCUGCAGCAUGAUGGCCGGUCGCAUGUGGUUCUGCUUCUUCGUCCUCUCUCUGCAGGUUGGGAGCAGUGGUUCUUUCAAGGAAAUUAACCAUUACUAUUGGCUACCUGGAGAAAACCUCUCCAUGACAUGCUAUCUCUCACCUGGACCAUGGCGGAUUUUCUGCAGAGAAAACUGCCAAGGAGAAAACGUUCUUAUUAACACAACAUCCAAUAAAGAAACAAGUGGAAGAAUCAGCAUUGAAUAUUCUGAAAGAGUUCAUGACAAGUCUUAUAAUUUAACUGUGAAAGUCUCUAAUSUGACCCAUUCUGACUCUGGACUGUACAGAUGUGGUCUGACUGACUCUCCUUCUACAUUCAUAAAAUUCAAAGCUGUUGUUGCAGAAGCUCUGCUGGAUGGAGGCAAAGAUCAUCACCUCUAUAAAGAAGCUGGCAGCUCACUGACAGUCGCCUGUUCCUUUGGUUCCUCUGGAAAAACAUUAUAUUUCUGCAGAGGAGAAUGUGAAGAAGAAGAAAACAUUCUUGUUUACACCAAUGGAGUCAGAGCUCAGGGCGGCAGAUACAGCAUUGGUCAUAGAAGACACAAAUCUUCAGAUGUUUUUUAUGUGACCAUUAAGAAUCUGACCCAAUCUGACUCCGGACGAUACAGAUGCCUUUCAAGUUUAAACUCUGGGAAAAAACCUUACCUGGAUUUUAACGUCUUUGUCUCAGAUGCUCUGCUGGAUGGAGGCAAAGAUCAUCACCUCUAUAAAGAAGAUGGCAGCUCACUGACAGUCGCCUGUUCCUUCGGUUCCUCUGGAAAAACAUUAUAUUUCUGCAGAGGAGAAUGUGAAGAAGAAGAAAACAUUCUUGUUUUCACCGAUGGAGUCAGAGCUCAGAGCGGCAGAUACAGCAUUGGACAUGACAGAAACAAAUCUUCAAAUGUUUUUUAUGUGACCAUUAAGAAUCUGACCCAGUCUGACUCUGGACGAUACAGAUGCCUUUCAAGUUUAAGCUACUCGACAAAUUCACAUGUGGAUUUUAAUAUCACCGUUUCAGAUGUCUCCUCUGAAACCACUGAUCCGUCACCUCUGGACCAGAAUUGCAGAGCAACAUCUACAGCUCUUCCUCUGAUUGUGAUUGUUGUGACUCUGGCCGUCGUCGUCGUCCUGCUGUCAGCUGCUCUGAUUGUUUCCUACAGGAAGAGAUCUCUGAGAGGUUUGGAGAUGAGAGGCUCUGGCAGCCAACUAAUGGAGACUGUCGCCUAUAAGCAGAGCCCCUCUGGAGACUUGAUUUAUGAGAACUUUGAAUCUUCCAGCAACAACCAGAAGGAGAACUGAUCAGAUACACAUGGAGCUAAAAGAAAUUCAGAUUGUGAAAAAACAUUUUGUCCCUCAUUUCACAGAGAAACUCAGAUGUUACAUAUAUAGAGUGAAAUAUUUCCUUUAUUUCUUGUCAUUUGGAUUAUUCUGACUCGCAGAAUUAAAACCCAAUAUUUAUUUUCUCAGAUCAAUAAAAAUUAUAUUUUAUCAGAGAGGCCAGUUCUGGAAGUCCAGGCUGUUCUGACUGAACCUUCAGCUCAUCUGCGUCGUUGGUUCUGGUGUCUCUCAUCUUCCUCUGAUCAAUACUCCAUAGAUCCUCUGUGGGUUAUUGAUCAGGGCAGCUUUUGUUGCCAUGUGACUCCAGGUUCAGUCCAGUCCUGGUGAAACUUCCUCAGAUUUUUUAUUAGUUUUGUUUGAUAAUCCUCACACCAUAAUCAGCUGAUUAGGAUAUGACAUCAUGAGUUUCCUAAAUGUAACUUUUUCACAAUGUUCAUUUUUAUUAGAUCUACCUGUAAAUACUGUUAUGACCCAAAUGAAACUCUGGAUUCAACCUUAAAUUCUGGUUCUGCUUAACAAAUAAUAACUGCCUGAAGAAAAAUAAAAUAAAAUUAAAGAAUAAUUUGAGUUCUUCUGCUUUUAUUUUCUAGAGAAAAAGUUUUGUGUUUAAAUACCAUUGAGAAUUUACUGAUUUUAAUCUUCUACAUUUUCAAUUCCAAUUUAUAAAAAUAAUAAUGAUUAAAAAAUUUAAGAGAAGUAACAUAAUGCAUUAGUGUAUUAGUAACAUGCCUCUCUGCAUGCGCACUUUUUUGUCUGUCAGAUUAGUUUUGUACAUUAUUCUGUAAUCAAACAUUUAAAUUUUUGUGAAUAAUCCUCAGCUUUCCUUUUUUUCUGCCAAUUUUGCUUUCUGUUGUCAGCUUUUAGCUGUUUUAGUCCCGUGGAUGGACGUCAUGGUCCUGUAGAUUUUUUUUCAUGAACGUUGUUCAGAUUAUAAACCUUAAAAAAAUUAUCUUUUCCCAGCUAUUUG